UCUCAAAAAAUAGAAUGACCAAUGAAUUUAAAUUUAACAUAAUAAACUCACCAAUGCAAAUGACUGCUACAAGCAUUAUGGGAGAUAUGACAACAAACGAUGAAGUUAAAGGAAGGGAACUGAUUGGGGAAACAGUUGGAAAUGAUGAGCAUACGCCGACGGCUUAUGAACAUUUUUAUUAUACCCAGCAACAACUACACACAGAUUAUCAACACUUGUGGUACAACAUCCCAUCUAUGGGUAUCCCCGAUUUAAGCAGUCAACUACUAUCACAAGGAAUAGAUGCCUUAAACAACAACCCGUCCUUUACCCUAUCAAAUACAUCAACUACAACCUCUUCUAGCCAUUCAAAUCAUCAACAAAAUAAUUUUUAUUCGAAUUAUCCCCUCCAUACACUACCUCAAUUGCCCCCUCAUCUUCCCUCUUCUACAACAAAUAAUUAUUAUAAUGGUGAUAAUUAUGGAGCUUAUUACGGAGCUAAUUUCCAACAAACCUUUUUAAAUAAUUCUGCAACACCUUUAUUACAUUAUAAUGAUGGUGGAGGUGGAGAUAAUGGGGGAGGAGGAGGAUUGUUAAUUGAUGGAGGGAAUAGUAAUAUUAGUUUAGCUGUAGUUGAACCAAAGUAA